GGCUGAAAUAAGAUUCAGCUUUCUAGAUUCUCUCAUAGAAUUCACUUCAUCCUCGUUUCUCUCCUUUUUCUUGCAUCUCAUACUGGUUCAGUCCACACGUUUUUCUUUUCCCAGUAGCCAUGGAAGAGCUAAUAAGAUCUUCAUCCUCCUCCUCAUCACUACUUUCAUUUUCCCAGGAGACUCCAUGUUCAACCCUACAACAGAAGCUUCAAUUCCUCGUCAAAAGCCAGCAAGGGGCAUGGGCAUACGCUAUACUUUGGCAGACAACGAACGACGACCAAGGUCGGUUGUUCUUGACUUGGGAAGAUGGUCAUUUUCAAGGAACCAAAGACACAUCUGCAAAACCAUCGACGCCCAACGACGUUCAAGCCUUGCAUAAUGAACGAAGAAAGGACAUGAAAGGACUCCAAGGCCUCAUCGGAGACAACCACGACCUCGACGCGUCGUUGAUCGGCGACACAGAUAUCACCCAUGUCGAAUGGUACUAUGUGAUGUCUCUGAGUCGAUCUUUCUCGGCCGGUGAUGGGGUUCUCGGCAAGGCUCUUAGCACUGGCUCUUUGGUUUGGUUAACCGGUGCUAUUGAGCAGCAAUUCAAUGAUUGUGAACGAGCUAGAGAAGCACAGUUGCAUGGCAUCGAAACACUCGUUUGUAUAUCGACUUCUUCUGGUGUUCUUGAGCUUGGAUCCCCGGAAAUCAUCAAUGAAAAUUGGGAACUAGUCCAGCAAGUUAAAUCCCUGUUCGGGUCCGAUCAAAAUCCAAAUCCUAGUUCAAAUCUAACCCCGAGUUCUAUCUCAGAGCAUUCAGAUUCAGAUUGUCCAUCACGUGCCAAGAAUAAAACAGAUACAGAGAAGAUAACUCCGAAGAAACGUGGAAGAAAACCGAUUGUCGGACAAGAGAAACCGUUGAACCACGUAGAAGCCGAGAAACAACGCCGUGAGAAGCUGAACAAAAGGUUUUAUGCGCUCCGAGCUGUAGUCCCGAACGUCUCACGCAUGGACAAAGCAUCGCUGUUGUCCGAUGCCGUCGCGUACAUCGGCGAGCUAAAGUCGAAAAUCCAGCACUUGGAAUCACGGCUUCACGAAAACUGCAAGAAAGUAAAGGUAGAAAUGUUCGAUUCCAUGGAUAACCAAAGCACCACCUCGUUCGAGCAACAAGCUAGGCCGAGGAGUUCAUCAGCCGCAGCCGGCGGGUGGCGUGACCUACAAGUCGAUAUCAAGAUCAUGGGAAACGAUGACGCGAUGAUUAGGGUUCAAUCGGAGAACACGAACCAUCCGGCCGCUAGGUUAAUGGCUGCACUUCGUGACUUGAAGUUUCAGGUCCAUCAUGCAAGCGUGUCGUGUGUCGACAAGCUCAUGCUCCAGGAUACCCUCGUCAAAACCCCCCAUGGAUUCAGAACCGAAGAAUCACUCAAAGCCGCUAUCCUCAAAAGACUAGAGCAUUAAGGUCAUUCACUCCGUACGUGAUAAACUAAUAAUACUAGGGUAGUUUUUAAUGCCUUUUUCCUCUGAUUAUCUGCUUUAUUCUGUCUUUAUUAUCAAGUGCUUUCCUCUAAUCAAGUGCUUUAUUAAAACGAACCCU